UUUCCCAGCCUGGCCCACCCUCUCCAGCGCAUGAGCGGACCUCAUGAGCGUAUUAUGUUUUGAGAAAAUCGGCAGAGUUUCACUGGUGGCCGUGGCAAGUCGCUGUCCCCAUGAGGACUAUUGAGAGUGGCGUGAGGCUGUUUCUGUUACUGGUUCUUGUAGGGCCGUUUUCAGCUGAUGGCUUAAGUUGGCACGACAUUCGGUCUCAUGGGCGUGUCUCGCUAGCUGUGACAACUGCGGUUACUGCACUGGGGGCAUAUUAUUUGACCUCCCGUCCGAACAUCUUUGUGCUGCAGGGAAAUCAGGACCAGACGGUCGAACCACAACCUACGGCUGUUGAACAGCAGGCUGAUAAUGAGGAUCCGAAUGUGUCAGACAUUACUAGCUCUCGCAUCAGCUGUCGUCUGAGGCCCUGUCUUUCGUUGACUAUACGACGAUGGCCUCGCCGACCGAGUGCUCUCUCUGAUGACAGCUUGGCAAGGAUCGCCGCGAGAAUGGUGGCACCAGAGAUCCAGGGCGACUUCAACCGAACGCUGGACAACGUUUGCGUGGAGCGUCAACCCGGUACCCCAUCGCAUUCGAAAGUGCGACAGUUUAUCGUUUCCGAACUGCGCGCUCUGAAAUGGAAAGUCACUGAAUAUCCGUUCAGUGACAUGACGCCUCAUGGACGAAAACCGUUUACCAACGUCGUCGCUACACUUGACACCGUUGCAUGUCACCGGUUGGUACUUGCUUGCCACUACGAUUCAAAGGUGAUGAAGAACUUUGUCGCUGCUGUAGAUAGCGCUGUACCCUGCAGUCAAAUAAUCAACAUAGUCAAGGCACUCGACCCUGAAUUGAAAUUGCAUCGAGACAGAAAAACUGGUCUGACCCUUCAACUAAUAUUCUUCGAUGGCGAAGAGGCAUACGAACAGUGGAGUUCUACUGACUCGCUCUACGGCUCCCGGCAGCUGUCACACCAAAUGCACCAAACCAGAUUUCUUUACGCAGCUAAAAAUCGCUGUGAACCCGCGGCGAGGAGGAACAUCGUUAGCGAACUCGACCGCAUUGAAGUGUUUGUGUUACUUGACCUUCUUGGCGGGAAAAAUCCAAGCUUCCACAGCUUUUUCGCUGACACUAAGGAGCUCUUCGACCAAAUGACUGAUAUUGAGCAACGUCUAAAUAACCUUGGGCUAAUGGAAGGUGGACGUACUAAGUACUUUACUGGCAAAAGCACAUUUGGUGCUAUCGAGGACGAUCAUAUACCAUUCAUGCGCAAAGAUGUUCCCAUCGUCCACAUCAUCCCACAUCCGUUUCCGCGCGUCUGGCAUAAGUCCUCGGACAAUAAAAAAAAUCUUGACUGGCCAACGAUCUGGAACCUCAACAAAAUUUUCGCAGCGUUCCUUGCCUGGUACAUGGACAAAAUACAGAACGAGCUCGUUCUUAUUAGCGGCUUCCGUUCAGUUGUAGCAUAUAAACCCUCUGCUCCUAUUGUCAAUAAAGCUUUCCGCGUUGCGGUUGCGAGCGCUCGAAAUGAUUUCAGAAGUGUACUACAAGAGCGCAUUUUUCACGCCUUAUCGCUAAAUCGAAAUAGGAGCGUCACUAUUAUGUCACGCUUUCUGCAGUGUACGACCUCAGCGUCCGCAACUAUUCCGCUGGAACAAAUGUCAGAUGCGAGCAAAUCGAGAACGCUAUCACGUGCAGGAGAGGCGUUCGCUGGUGGCUUUUCUUGCAAAAAAUCUGCUUCGGAGCAAGGCACCGUUGUGUACUGCUGUCAAUCCUGCACAUUUCGCAGUGUUCGGGAAACGAGCAUUCGUGCACACAUCAUUGCUAUUCACGCCUCCGGCGGCUCGUACAGCUUAGAACGCCUGCGAUUAAUACCGAGGCUCAAUAUAGCAAGAGCAACUAUCAAAUGUACAUCAAACGUAAGAUUGGUCGAGACUGAGGCCCAGGCCUUAACACCUCCUUGCCCCUCAGCUUUGGAUGAGCGCCAUCAGUUCGUGGACUCUUGCUUUACGGCCAAAAAAGUCGUGUCCGGCACGUGUCCCGUGGUGCAAAAUGGCCGUGCGAGUAAAGCUGGUCGACUACAUGAAUGCUAUUUCUGCUCAUUUACUACUUGUCGACUAGAAGAAAUGGAGAUUCAUUCGGAACUACACAGUCAAGAAGUGACCGCGUGCCCUGCUCCGUCCUCGUGUCAACCGGUAACCAAUGCUACUUCCUCUACGCUGCAGAAAUGGACUUGUGCGAUGUGUCGAAGCUCGUUCUCGUGCCCGUUAACUUUAGCAAUACAUGAUCGAGCUUGCCCAAAGAGUUCAGCGUGUACGGUCACGGCUGCUGUUACUGAAACAGAGCAAACGCCUUUGCGCUGCUCGGAGUGCUCGUUUGCAACCAAUGUGCGUCAGCUGUUAGAUUUCCAUGUCUACCUCUUGCACAGUAUGCAUUCAUGUGGCGCGUGUGGCCAGCUUUUCGCUAGCAAACGCCUAUUAAGCACUCACCUGAAUGCGAAACACGGCCAUGCAUGUUUGCGGUGCAACCUGUCGUUCUCUAAUCGUGAGAAACUUGAGGUACACGAAGAUAGCGUUCAUUUAAUAGAAUUAACGUGCAGUACAUGCGGGCUACGGUUGCCUUCGGAGCCUGCUCUUGAAGAACACGAAUCACGUCACGCCGCUAAGCUAUGUACGCGUUGUAAUAAAAUGUUUGAUUCAGCGACCGAGCUGCAAACACAUUUAGCCCAAAUUCACCCACGGAACAAUCUUUUAGGUUGCAAUUCGUGUGAGGCAUGUUUUCAUGCCUUUUGCACACCGGCCGCAUUAGCUACACAUCAAGCAAAAUGUUUGGCUGCAGCGGGAACAUGUUCGUUUUGUGGUGCGACCUGUGGAUCCGCUGAUCUCCUGCUUGAUCAUGUGUCGACAACUCAUCUCGAAGCGGUGAUAUUUGAAUGUCCACUCUGCCCAUUCCGAACCAUUGAUCCAACGGUGCAUAUGACACAUCAGCUCGUACACGUUGCCUUGCCUCCACCGGCAUUACUUUCGUCAUCCCGUGGUUAUCAAUGUGGCAUCUGUGGGCGAUGGACUGCUUCGACAAGUUCAUUGCGAACACACGUUAAUAACCAUCACAGGCUUAAACCGUACAGAUGCGAAUUCUGUGAGUUUCACACAUCGUCCUCUGGCAACCUACGCGCGCAUCGCGCCGUACGUCACUUGAACACUGAACUAAGCGUGAAAUGUAAUGUAUGCAAUCGCCGAUACCGCACGGUAGCUCAGAUGCACAAACACGUGAAGAAGACUCAUGAGCAGAAGUUAAAUUACGAGUGCGAGUUUUGCGAGAACCGCUUCGUUACUGAACUUCGUCUUAAACGUCAUUUGGCCAUAGUUCACUUCGAAGAUGCAGAGGCCGUCACCGGGACAGAACCGUAUGCCGGCAUAACGAGGUUCCGCUGUAACGAAUGUGAGUACAGCUCAUACUCGACGAACAGAUUUCGCUUGCAUCGGGCCACUCACCGUGAGCGACUGAAGUGUCCAUAUUGCGACCUGAGUUUUCCAUUAGUCGAUGUACUUAAUCGACACAUCAAUGUUCGGCAUCUUAAGAAGCAUGUAUCGUGUUCGAUGUGCGGACGUCGGCUACCUAACGAGUCAAGACUGGCUCAUCAUGUGGAAUCGUGUCACUCCGGAAAUGUUGAGCCAUUCACGUGUACGACGUGUGGGUAUUUCUUUGAAUCACUUGCCCAUCUCGAAUACCAUCGACGAACCCACCUAACCGCAAGAAAUUUCGAGUGUCCAACGUGCCGGCGAAGCUUCACAACAGCGGCAUCGCUUUGUGUACAUCGUCUUCGUCAUUCGAAAGCCGAGUCAAGGCCACGCAAGCCUUACUGGCUAUUUUACUGUGACCAGUGUAAACUACGGUUUAAGUACAAAAGUAACCUUGUAGCACACCAGGCCUCCGUUCAUUCACCGGCCACAAAUCAGCCCUCAGCAGAAAAAUUUUUCACAUGUGAUUACUGUCACGAGACAGCUUUCCGUUCAAAGCUUCUUCUUAGCUAUCAUAUUCGACGAAAGCAUUUAGAGCAGCAGUCUUUUGCCUGUGAACAUUGCGGUAAAAAGUUCCACUCGCAAAAUUCGCGUGACAACCAUGUCGUAUCCGUUCAUACGAAGGCAUACAAGAUCUUUUGUCCGCUCUGCGAUAAAGGAAUGUUGUCAUCGUUCCGGUUACGUUUACACGUUCUUCACGCUCACAAAGACGGACCUAAACGGAAACGAGCCCGUCGUAUUCAACGAUCGAUGGUUGAAAACAAUACAACUAUUAAAUGUUUGGAGAAUCAACAUGAACAACUACAGCGGCAACCGAUUACCGAUACAGACGGAAAUGGCCUUCUUACUCAGGAAACUCUAACAACGAGCGUUGAUGUUGAUCACGAUAAUAUUGAUGUCCAAGAGACUACUCGAAGUGGUGAGGCAGUCCGUGGUGUUGCCGAGGCGGAAAAGGCAUCAGUAGUCUCCGCUAAAAUAGUAGCUUCUGUUGAAGACACGGUUGUGACUGAGACAAUCGAAUCGGUUGUAGAGAUUUCGGAUGAUCCAACAACGGAUCUCAUCUCACAAAUCAUUUUGCAAGGGUCGACAGAGAUCGACUGAACUUCAAAUGAGGGAAGAAUUGGUAAAAAGUACCUCUAAAGAGCCACCGACACGAACGCACAAUGUCUUAAAGGUCCAAUCCCGCCAGAAGGCAACUAAAUGCAAGGCUUGAUAACAGAUUAGUCUAAAUUGUGAGUAAAUUUAUUUGUUUCUCUUUACAUUUUGAUGACUAGAUUAUGAUCAGCAAAAUGCUCAGGUGCAUCUUGUCCAUUCUAAUAACCAUGGCUGUAGCACCAGCUUGCAUGGUGGCUGUUUAUUAAUUGUCGCAGACAAUAGUAUAUGCAAUGCAUUGUAAAGACAAUAGAGUUCCUUCAAGCCUUGAUACGUUGAGCUUUGAAGCAUAGUCUAAAAAAACAAGAUGUCACGUAUGCCGGUUGUCACUCGAGUAUUUUUCUAAGUCAGCGUGUAAUUUACAAGUGGGACAACAAAAAACCCGCAAAUAUUUAAAACGCCUUAGCUUUGUCUACUUACUAUUCUACGCAUACAUUCAUCUACAAAUAAAACACUAUGAUGAACACUAAAAUGAAGGGCUAAUCGAAGCUUUUCUGUGGAAUUUAUAGAUAAUUGAUGCUCAGAUGUUCUGAGUUUUGCAGAUGCGAUUCUAUUCAUAUUAACUCUGUAUUAAAAAAGGAAUGUAACAAAGCGCUGUAACUUUCAAAACCUAGCGUCGCGUCUAAGUUGAAGAACAGUUUUGAUAAUAAUUAACGCGUUCAAUUAAUUAAACGCGUUUAAAUAGAAGCUAAUCUUACAUAUCAGCAAUUAAGAUAGAUUGUCAUCUGUUUAAACUCUACACUUUUUCACAAGGCUUUAUUGGAUAACUGCCGAUGUAAAAUACUUGAAGGUAGCUCGUGUUUUUAAACUACUACAGUAGAAAUGAGUACACCGCAUAACUGAUAUUUUAUUUAACAACUACUUUAUUUUCAUAAUGAGCCUUAAUUGUAUACAAAUGUUAUGUUACAUUUUUUCUGUGUUUAAUCUUUGGUCGCAUUCCCAGACAACUGUCUUCGCAGGUAUCGUCAGUAUCAGAAUUUGCAGUAUUAACUCAUUAGUUUUCUCUGCUAUAAAAAAAUCAGCUUUUAUUUCGCCUUCAUCUCGGUGUUGUCCGUUGUCGCUGUCGCUUAUUAUCUAGUGAUUUCUAUCGUUCCGUUUCAAGCGCCGCGUGAUAUUCAUAUUAAUGCUAAUUGUGUGCUAUUCCAUUGCCCCACCGGGGGCAACUCUGAACGGUUAACAUGCCGAAGUGCCUAAUCUUGGCAACAUAUUCUUUCUAGGUGUCUCAAACAGUCUUUUCAUUUAUGCCAUAUUUGCUUUAAAAAAACCUACAAAUUGCAAGUGAACGAUACAAAGGAAGAUGAAGUAUAUACAAAAAUUUAGAAGCAUAGUAAACCAGAUAUAGAAUAUAUAUAGAUAUAGAUAUACACCCAACUAGAUAGGAAUUACUCUUAAACUAUUAUAUUUCAUUAAAUAUUCGUUCACAUGUCGAAUUAUAUGUGAAAAUUGCGUCGCCAUAUAUAUAUAUAUAUAUAUUAUGAA